AUACCUCCAGGUUACAUCGUUGUCAACAGACUGUUAUAAAACUUGGUCACAGUAUCUGCAGUAUGUGUUGUAACAAAUUUGGUUGACAAACUGAAUCUUAAAUUUUAUAUGGCGUCAUCCGUACCGAUAUGCGAUAUUUGUAUGACAGAUAACAUAACAAAAUCUGCCUCCGUUUGGUGUUCAGAAUGUGAAGAAGCCAUAUGUAAUAAAUGCGAAAGACAACAUGGCCGCAUGGGUUUAUCAAAGAACCAUAAACCAAUACCUAUAAAAGAUUACCAGAAACUGCCAAGUUCUGUUGCUGCAAUCAUACAGAAAUGCAUGCGUCACAAUUUAAAAUUCGACUUCUAUUGUGUAAUUCACAACGAACCAUGUUGUGUGUCUUGUGUUUCAGAGGAACAUGGUAUCUGUCAAAAAUUGAAGCCAUUAUCGGAAGUAGUGGAAGGAGCAAAGUCGUCUGCUGCAUUUGCAGAUUUAGAAGAUAGGGCAAAAGACAUCAGCGCACUUAUUGGCAAUCUGAUAACUGAGAAACAAAAUAAUCGAGCAUCUUUUGGAGUUCAGAAAAAUAAAAUCAUUUCUGAAGUGCAAAAUAUCCGAGCAGCAAUAAAUGAUCAUUUAAUUAAACUAGAAAAAGAUCUUUUGGAUAAGUUGGACAACAUGGAGAAAAAACAGAUCGGAAAUAUUGAUAGUUUUAUUAAAAAGCUCUCAGAAAUGCGCACAAAAGUUGAAAACAUCAGUGGUGAUUUGGAAAAAACUAAGCGACACGCGUCAAAUUUCCAAGCUUUCCUUGGUAUACACGAAUGGAAUAAAAGAAUUGAGAUAGAAGAAAAAGAUUGGAUGUCCUUACAAACCGAUCAGAAAAUGAACCAUUGUGAUAUUUACAUAAAAUGUUCACCGACACUUAUGAAGUUCGAGAAAGACGUCACAGAAUUAGGGAAAAUAGAAGUGAAUUCUUCGUCAUCAAAGAAAACUCUUCUUAAGAAGGAGAAGCAGGGACAGAUUUAUGUUCCUAUUUCUAACACUGUAGAUAACAUUAAAUUGACAAAUAUCCGCUCAUUCUACAUGGCAGAUGGAACAUCCAACAAAACGCUUAUAACAGAAAUUUGUUAUUGUUGA